AUGCACAUCAACCCGAUACGAACGCUGCUCGACGCACGUGGAGCGCUGGAGUCAGGGAAAGGCGUACAGACGGCGUACUUGGCCAUCCUGGGCGGGCAGGCAGCUGUGGGGUUGCUGAGCGCGUUGCUGCUCUGGGCCAUCUACAAGCGAGAAGAAGAGAAAGAAGAAGAAUUUAGGGGAAAUAAGGGAGAGAAGAAGAAAGAAAGAAAAAGAGGAGAAAGAAUAUGUAAAAUAUUAUGA